AUGGGCUUCGUGGAGCUUUUCGCGGAGCUCCGAAAGCAUGUGAGCGACCUCCGGAGGUGCUGGCAGAUCUGCUGCCGCGUGAAGCGUGGCCUCCACGACACCUCCAAGCCCGGGGCAUUCUACAUGGACCAGGCAUACUUUCAGGGCGCGGUGGAGAUCCUGAUGCACCUCGAGGAGGUUGACUUUGGGCGUCUCUAUGGGGGGCAGAUCGCGCUACAGGACAUGGACAAGGUGCACUUCAUCCUGCGCAAAGAGGUGGUGCGCCUGCCCCCGUUCCUGAACUCAGCGGAGAAGCUCAGUCGCUACCUGGCACACUGCCGUGAGCUCAUGCGCGAGAACAUGAUCGAGACGGCGCCCGAGAAGCUUUGCAAGCGGAUCUUUGUCAGAGCCGGCCUACAGUUUUUCAAGAAGGAGGAGCGCAGCGUCUUGAGAACGACGGGCUCUGCCACCAUCCUCUCAGGCCUGGCCGGCGGCCGGAACCCGGACCUGGCGAAGACCGAGGGCGCUGUGGUGCGGCCAGCGCCCCCGGGCGACGACGCUGAAGAAGGUGCCCUGGCCGAGAAGUCCGAUGCCCCAGCGCCGCGGCGGAGUAACUUCGUGCGUUUGGCCGAGCUGGCGAUGCCUCGCGUGGGCCGCACUGCUCCCUUUGAGGAGGCGACGCCCGCGUUCGCCCGCUCCGUUGAUCUGGACUGCCCUGCAAGUUUUCAUAGGCUUUAG